ACAAGUAAGCGACACUGACGCUCCUGUGGUUUUGUCCCUUGAUGCUUAGAGGAGUUAACGCAGUAUCACAAACCGGUUGUUCACUCUGUACCAGAUGCUGACGAUGAGUGCUGCCAAGUGGAUUGUCCUCUUAGCCUUGUGCUUCAUACGAGUGUCUUCAAACGAUGAGCACAACGAUGAAGACUAUGAUGAGGAUCGCUGUGAAACACAGGCACUCAGUGCUCCUCUUGGCUCGUCUGUGUCUCUACCAUGCAACUUAGACGCAAGUAGCGAGCACUGGGUGACAUGGGCCCACAGUAAAACGAUGGACCUGGUACAGGUCUCCAUUGCAGGGCGAGUCAAGUUCCUGGACCCCAGACAUGGCAGAGUGAAAACCUUUCCAAACCAGGCAUCAGAGGGAAACUACUCCAUUCGCAUCGAUGAGCUUACAACCUCUGACCUUGGAAGUUAUCGCUGCUACCAGGUGGAUUACUGCGUUCAAGUCGUGGACUUGUCUGCUGACAGUCCACUGAGCACAGAGAUGUGGCUGCUGACUUGCAUCAGUGUUGGUGUGACGGCUCUCAUCCUGCUGAGUGUUGGUGGAUACUUCUGCUGCAAGAAAUGCGUAGUGCCCUGUCACAGCAAAACCCAGGACAAUGAAAGCAAUCCAGUCAGUGCAGGUACUGAGGCAGGGGCCAGUGCUCCACCUGCUCCCUCAGCACCACAUGGACAGCAGAUCGGAUCGGACAGCAACAGUCUUGUUUAUGAAAAUGAUGAUCAAUACCUUGCCAGCGCUGCCCCCGCCAGACGCCAUCAGGGUCACCCAGGAGCCGUGCAGGAUCAGCCCAGUCAAGCAGCCAGCGGGAUUUAUCCAAACCUGAGUGAAUUUAAGUUUGAGAGAGUGGAAAGUCAGAGAACAAGAAUGAGAUUCCACAUAGAACUCAUCAACAGAUUACGGCCAUCAAGUCUCAGUCGACAUUAUUAUGUUAACCAAGGAGACCUCAGGAAGCAACAAGCCAUGUCAGCGCAGGCCGAGGCUCAUCACAGAGCAGGUGUGGGGUUGAAGAAAGUCAAAGAAGAGUGUGAAUACAAGAACCCCAUUUACAACAGGAGCACAGACCAGCUCAACCAUCUGUAGAGAAUCCAGGACAGAGAACAUCCUUUGACAAUGACAGCUAUUGAUUCCUCUUUUUUAAAAUGUAAAAAAAUAAAUCAUAUUACUUUGACUUCUUUAUGUUUUAAGGUGAUGCAUGUCUUAUGACAGCGGUUUCCAACCUUUUUUGCACCACGGACUGGUUUCAGCCAAGACAGUUUUCUACAGACCAGUCAUUGUGCACAUUACAAAUGAUAAUAUUUUUUUCUAUUAAAAAAGUGUCGUAAAAAAUUAUAUUGCUUUUUAUUGCUAAAUAUGUAAUUAUUUUUUCUUCUGCCUCAGCAUCAAGUCUCUGCCUCUUUUUAAAGAAGCUCUCCAGAGAAGUUUGUAUUUAUUUUUAAUCCAUUUUGGCCGCGGUGAGCCUGUCGGUUCCGUUUAACGGCAGGGCAUGACAACUGACACAGUCAAGUAGGGGAAACAAGCACAGGUGGAAGUGACGACAGACGAGGUAGUCAUUUUUCAAAAUAAAACACCCUGCAGACUCCGCUGGAAAUAAAAUAAACCAACAAACCCUUUUUGUUUUUUUCUGUGCGGCCCAGUACGGUCCGCGGCCCGGUGGUUUGGAACCGCUGUCUUAUUGUAUUUGUAAUAGGAAUGCACUGUAUUUCAUUGCCUGCACAUCUGUGUCUGCUGUUUAAUAAAAUACUUUGAAACAAUA